AUGAAACUGUGGGAAAGAAUCAAGGACGAUAUCCGAAACGACGUGAACUGGAACCGGGCCACCCACCUGGUCGUUCAGGGUUAUAGAGCUCUCCCCUUAGCGACAGCCCAAUAUAUCCGGGAGAAGCUGCCUAUUAUAGAUUGGCUCCCCCGGUAUUACUAUCGAUGGCUGGUGAACGAUGUAAUUGCCGGCUUGACAGUCGGGCUCCUGCUGAUCCCGCAAGCUCUAUCGUAUGCGAAAAUAGGCGCGAUUCCAAUUCAAUAUGGGCUGAUGUCAAGCUGGCUUCCGGGAGCUCUAUAUGUGUUUAUGGGAACAACUAAAGAUGUAUCCACGGGGCCAACAUCCCUCAUCGGCCUCCUGACUGCGGAGGUGGUCGUCGCUCUGCAAGGGGAAUAUACGCCUUCGCAAAUUGCAUCGGCAAUGGCGAUGAUGAUGGGUGUGUACAGCAUGUGCAUCGGACUUCUACAGCUGGGCUUCCUCCUCGAAUUCAUCUCUCUCCCUAUCUUGACUGGGUUCGCUUCCGCCGUGGCUAUGACCAUAAUUCUUAAUCAAAUAAGCUCUCUUCUCGGUGAACCUAGCGUAGGCGGGAGCACUGCACAACGGAUUCAUGGUAUUUUCCGUAACUUGCCGAAAGCCAAUGGUUUUACAUGCGCUGUCGGCCUCACGGGAAUCGUUCUCCUUGUCGUUCUUCAACAGUUAGGGAAGAGAUGGGGUGACAAAAGUAAGAUUAUCUGGUUUCUGUCCACCAUGCGGGCAUUAUUAUGUCUGGUUCUCUAUACCGGUGUGAGUUACGCCGUGAACAGGAAUCGCGGAGACCCGGAUAACUUCCUUUUUGCUGUUUCUGAAGUCCAUGCAAACGGGCUGGAGCGACCUAGGAUUCCGGAUGUCCAUCUCAUCGCCAAAGUCGCCGGGCGGACCGUUACUUUAUUUGCGGCCACUGCCGUAGAACACACAGCUAUAGCUCGCACCUUUGCUGUUCAAAACAAUUAUGUCGCCGACCAGAGUCAGGAGCUCUUUUACCUCGGAGUGACAAACUUCUUAAACAGCUUCUUCAGUGCCAUGGGUGUUGGAGGAGCCAUGUCUCGUACCGCCGUCAACUCUUCCUGUAAUGUGAAAUCCCCUCUCUCAGGCCUUAUCACCACCUGUUUUCUUUUGCUAUCCAUUUACAAGCUCGUACGGGUGCUCUAUUGGAUACCGAAAGCCACACUGGCAGCCAACAUCAUCACCGCCGUUGCGCCUCUUAUUGCUCCUCCAAGUACUUUCUACAAGUACUGGAAAACCUCUCUAGCCGACUUUAUUUCUUGCAUGUUAGCCUUCUGGGUAUCUCUCUUUGCAACGGCAGAAAUCGGCCUCGUUACCUCCGUCGCCUUCAAUGUUGCCUACUGCAUUGGCCGUCAGGUAUUCGCCCCCGUCUCGACCGUGGGAUAUGAUACAAUGCAAGGAGAAGACAAAUCUCAGCCAGAGGUUGUUAAAUUACCCACUUUCAUACCCCCAAAUGUCCGGAUUUUCCGGUUCACCGACUCUUUCUACUUCCCCAACGCCUACGCCAUAAAGUCCCACAUACUCGACGUGAUUCAAACCUUCCAUGCCCCCUCGUGCAGUACCACGAUCGGCUCCGAACCAAACCGCGGCUGGUCCGUAGUAGCCGAGAAACGAACUUCCAGACUGCGAAGGAGGGAGAAUAUUUUCGAUAUUUCCACGCUUCCUCCUAUCCAGCUUGUGGUGUUUGAUUUUACUAAGGUUAACCACACAGAUGCGACUGCCGUCGCGUGGAUGCGGAACCUUUUCGAGGAGUUGAAGAAAUAUGCCGGAAAUGCGGUUGAGGUUAGAUUUGUGGGGAUGUCUGAUUAUGUGCGCCGGCGGUUUGAGAGGGGUGGAUUUGAGAUUAUGGAUGAGAAUUGUUCGGUCGAUGGUACUGGUGAUGAUGCGGAUGUUGUCUGGUACUACCAGAGCGUCGUGAGGGCCGUCUAUGAACCGAGACGGAGGGUUGGGGAUGGGUGCCCCCAAUCGAUUCAGGGUGACAAGGAAGACGAGUAA